UAGACACAGCGCAGAGAUAGAAAGAGAAAGAAAGAGCAGAGAACAGGAGGACAGGACCGAGUUGAAGAAGAGAGAGGAAACGACAUAAACAAGAGUGAAGAAGUAGAGGAAGGAGACGUGAGGCAGUGCUUUUGGGACAAACAAACACAUCAACUGGACUUCUGUACAUCACGGUCCUGCGCAACCUGGACGGUGAGAAGUCAUUCCUAAAGACCAGGAGGGCACUUACCUACGCACACACACACACAGAGUCACACACACACACCUCUUAAACACACAGAAAAACACAUACCUCGAGCAUUUGACCUUUUCACCCCAACAAAAACCCACAAAAACCCACAGGCACAUACAGACACACACACACACACACACACACACACACACACACACACACACACACACACACACACACACACACACACACACACACACACACACACACACACACACACACACACACACACACACACGUAUACAACAAGGUCACACACGCCACCAUGUUUGAGGAGCAGGUGACCAGGGUGAAGAUCACAUCCCUGCUGAUUCUGGUGGGCAUGGGGUCCAUGCUGGCGGCCGUAUCCACAGACCACUGGGCGGUGCUGAGCCCGCGGGUGGAGAAGCUCAACACCACCUGCCAGGCUGCCUACUUCGGCCUCUGGAGGCUCUGCAAAAAGACCAUCUUCAUGGUGGAGGAGGACCCUGAGUGGAAGGGCUGCGGCCCCAUCAGUCUACCCGGAGACAAAAACUGUUCAUACUUCAAGCACUUCACGUCGGGGGAAGAGGCAGAACUAUUUGAAGUGAAGACCCAGAAAGAGUACAACAUCUCUGCGGCUGCCAUCGCUAUCUUCAGCCUGGUGUUCAUGACACUGGGCACCCUGUGUGUCAUCUUUUCCUUCGGCAAGGGCAGAGACUACCUGCUGAGACCUGCCGGAAUGUUCUUUGCAUUUGCAGGCCUCUGCAUCAUCAUCUCAGUGGAAGUGAUGCGGCAGUCUGUGAAGCGCAUGAUCGACAGCGACGAGACAAUCUGGUUCGAGUACUACUACUCCUGGUCGUUUGCCUGCGCCUGCGCCUCCUUCACCCUGCUCAUCCUCAGCGGCGUGGCGCUGCUCCUUAUCUCCAUGCCGCACAUGCCGCGUAACCCUUGGGAGACAUGCAUGGACGCAGAGCCGGACACUCUGGACUAGACAGCUAGGCUCUAGGCGGCUAGGACCCGCGGGGAAGGAAGCACUGGGACUGGAAAAGGAUCAAGACUAAUUGAAAUGAGUGGUUGAGUUUUGUCCCUUUAGGUGUAUUUGUAUAUCAACCUCAUUUAAAUCAUCUUUUUACCCAGUUUAAACCACGACAGUGUUUUAUAGAAUAACGUUGGAUCAAAACAAGUAUAAAAAGUGGUUGAACUUUGUUUCUUUAGGUGUGAGGUGGAGGGGUAUUAGACAGACAGGGCGUAACAACGAUUUUUGUGUUUUCAAUUUUGGGGGAUAAUCUGCAUAUCACAGGUUGCUGGCCAACCCAAUUCUAUCGAUCUGUAAACCCAGUUUAACCAAGUCAGAGUUGUACAGUACAGUUAGUCUAAACACCUAAAAAUAACUAAAUUCUAAUUAUAGCACAUUUUGAGUUCUGCAUGAUUCAGUCUAACGCAGAAUAUUAAAAGUAAAAAGCAUUAUUUUUUACUUGAAAAGUUUGAGCAAGCUUUCUUUUGAAAGAUAUCAUGUUGAGAAAGAAAAUUCUUGCCGUGUUUUUGUUAUUGUUACCUAUUAACAUACAUGUAUAUCAAUGUACAAUAUUCUAGAAUCUAGACCAUAAUAAAAGUAUGUUAAAAUUAAAUCAAAUACCCUUAAGAAGCUAUUUUAUAUCAGUAGUAUGUAUAGAAUAGGUACAUAAUGACAAGAGCUUUAUAGUAUUUUGCAGGAUGCUAUAAAGGUUUGUAGUAAAAGUGUUACAGCUUUAUUCCAUCUUAUGAUUAUUUUUUAAGAUAAUUAUUAAUUAUUUACACUAUUUAUAAGCUGUUUCAACGAUAUCAAUGAUGAUUUCGAGAUUACUCUUUUUAAGUGAAAUUAACGUUUGAGUUUUGAACUUUGAGUUUUAAUGCAAAUUGCAUCAUCUUUCUAUAUAUAUGAUGCAAAAUAAAAAAAAAUGUUAGGC